AACGCUAGAGAAAAGCAGCUCUGAUUGGUCUCCACGUUCAGCUGUUUAGUUCAGUCGCUUUUGAGUAUGUAUUUCCUCCCAGGAGCGUCCUGCCUCAUGUGAGGCCGCCUGGGCCUGUCUGCAAAGCCUUGUUGUCCCGGCACUAUGCCGGUGCAAGUGGUGCAAGUCUCGCCCAGGGUCCUCAAGGACUCUCUGCCGAAGAGCCUGCGAGAAGUGGGCCUCCAGAGCCUGCUGUUGGGCCGCGACUACGCAGAGGCCUACUUUCAGGGAACAGUUGUCAUUUUCUCUCAAUUAACUAGACUUGGAAAUGGGACACCUUUCUUCAAAAUUGUACUCCAAGAAUCAGAAAAUUCAUCUUCCACAACAACUACCAUCAAUACUUUAGUGUUUGGGAAACUAGCAGAAGACUGUGCUGAACUUAUACAACAAGGGGAUAUUGUUGUGGUGGCUGGGUUUGGCUUGGCAGAAUCCGUCAGUGGAGAUAGCCGACAUUGCUGUCAUCUAGAAGCAUCUGAUGAAGCUGGAUCAACUCUUUAUAUUUGUCCUAGAUCAUCAAGUACACAGAAAGCUUCAGAAAUAGUAGCCAUGCAUGUUGCCCCCAAGUAUUCAUAUACUCCUUUGAAUGAGCUGAAAGGUGAUACUGUUGUCAACCUGUAUGGUGCUGUGAAAUUCUUCAAGCCUCCAUAUGUAUGCAAAGGAACUGAUUAUUGUUCGGUAGUAACCAUUGUGGACCAAUCCAAUACUAAGUUGACAUGCACACUUUUUCAUGCAGACAGAGAUACUCUUCCACAAAUCUACAGAAAUGGUGACAUUGUUCGAUUCCACAGAUUAAAGAUUCUGAUGCUACAAAUGGAAAAGAAGCUUGCAGUCAGAGAGUUUGGUGGCCAGAUGCAAGGGAUUACCAGUGCUGGGUUUGCAGCACUUACAUUUGAUGGCACCAUAGGGGCACCUGUAAUUCCCCGUACAUCUAGCAAAGUGUUCACGUUUACAGAUGAAGACAAGAAAACAGUAGAAGACUUGCGUGUUUGGGUGGAAAGCAAUCUUUCCAACUCUGCCCCUGCUGCAAAAUUAUUUGACAUCCAGCCACCAAUGUUCUUUCAGCUCACUUGCCAAGUGGUAGGAAAAGCAAAAGUAGAUGGAUCUUCCUAUCUCCUUAAGGUAUGGGAUGGCACAAAAUGUCCCUUCCCUUCCUGGAAAGUGUUUGUUCAAGAAGAUGACCUUGAAGGAGAUGGCAAUCUUAUUCGUCAACUAAGAAAUCUGACAGUGGACAUUUUACUGUAUGAUAAUCAUGUGCAGUUGGCAAAAUCACUGAAGGUUGGAAGCAUUAUUAGACUGUACAGUUUGCAUGUAAAAAUCUACAACUCUGAAGAAAAGCCUGACGUUUCAUACCUGCAGUUUCAUCUUCAUGGUGGUACUGGCUAUGGCCGUGGGUUUACUGUGCUGUCAGAAAGCCACACAGAUGCCGUGGAAUUAAAGGCAUUCUUGGAUACUGUUGACUUGACAUCAAAUGAGCAUUCAGAACCAUCUUUUCCAGAAUUUGAUACCACUUAUAUUCCAUUAGGAUCCCGUGUGGACAGAUUCCAACAGUUAUCAGUAACAGUACUAACUGAUCACCAGCAUCUGGAUGUGACAGCACUGAGUACUAUUAUCAACAGCAGGCAUCCCCAGCAAUAUCGUGUCAGAGCUAAACUGAGAAGAUUUGAACCUGUGAAGCUCCAUCAGUCGGUUAAACUCCAUUGUCCUCAGUGCAAUUGUUUGCAGGAAGUUCCGGAUUGGCCCGAGGUUGAUUUAAUCAUUCAAGAAACUUCAGCUUCAUGCUCAGAUCCAAAAUUACAAAGUAUAUCCUUCUGUGAAUCUGUUGUGUGGGAUACUGAAAACCAAGGGCAGCGCCAUGUAGCUACUCAUUUUGUAAAGCAUGCUGAGCAAACUCAGAAACCAGAAAACAGCUUGAUUCUUCUAGAAGGUGGAAUGGUAAAGGAAAUGUUAAAGCUGUCAAAAAGAUUUAAAGGAAUUAUACCUGUGAGAUCCACAGAGGGCAGUCUUGUGCUACUGGAUCUUUCAGCUCCAUUUUUUUGGCAAGGAAAUACUCAAUACUAUGGGUGCAAACAUUGUUCAAAGCCCAAGACAGUGUCAAACCUGAGCUCCAUUGCUGCACUGAAAAACCCACCAUGGGAUCCCACAACAAUAGCACAAGCUUUAGGAAUUGUUCUGCUCCAAUAUGUCUUUCUAAUGAAGUUUAUACUGGAUGAUGGAACUGGAUCACUGGAUGUAUAUCUCAUGGACUGUCAAAAUUUCUUCCAAAUUCCAGCUUCUGAAGUUUUAACCAGUAAUAUUUUUCAAGAGAUUAUGGAAAGGAUCAUGCAGAAACUUUGCCCUAUGGGCAAAAAUCUAGAUCAGUUGCCAUGGCUGGAAUGCUUCAUUAAAUCGUAUUAUGUCAAGGAUGAAACUGAAGAAAAACUUUGCUAUCGGAUUUUUGACACUGCGAUUGCUGAAGAUGUCUGACAUAUAUCUGGUUACUUUGAAGAUUCAGUGGUUUUAACUUUCUUUAAAAAAUUCAAUAUAUUAGAUAUGUAGAUGGUUUUAUUAAAGCAGUGCUUUUCUUUUAGAUAUGCAAAUAGUUCCUUUUGUAUUAAAUUAACAGAGUUUCCACAGUUUAAA